AUGAGUGUCUUUCUAAGGGAUAUGAUGCGACUGAGUGAACGUGUAUUAGUCAUGAUACAGCCAUCAUUAGCCGAGUUUCUUCAAAAAGCCUCGUAUCAAAGUUUAAAUGAUUUUGCUGCGAUCUACUGGGCAGUUAUCCGCAGCAAAGGUACUAUGGAUUGUAAAUGGAAGAAACGAAAGAAAGAUGUCUAUGAUGGUUGGUACGAUGGUCAGUAUGUAUCGGCUCAAAUAUCAAUUGUUUGUUUGAGGGGAACAUUUUUAGUCAGUGGCAUGACUGUCGGUUUUUUGCCCGAAAAAGUCACCUCCAAUGAAUUAUUUGUUCGCGUAUUUGACCAUUAUAUCUUUGAAGUACAAGCAACUGAAUCAUCCAAUACCUACAUUACUAAAUAUUCUUAUCAUGGUGAUCGAAGGGUCCAAUAUGAAUUCCAUUUCGAUGAUCGAACCGAUCGCUUGACCGUUCAUGAACGACACAUACGGACAAAGGAAAUGUUUGAACUGAUCCCUCCUAGUUGUUUUGAGGCUGAACUACCGGAUACUUUUGUCUCCAGUCACAGCCAUUGGAGAAAUAUAAACGAUCAAACAAUCGAGUUUCGACCGAUUCAUUUUAGCGAUUCCGAUUUUCUAAAUCACAAACCCUACGUGUUAACUAUGGAAACAGGCUAUGUUACCACUACCGAGAGCGCCAAUACACAAAUUUUGGUCAGUCGAUCAUCACCGUUCUUCCAGAAUUUGGUUAUGCAGUACUUCGUUCGCCUCGAUGAUGAGCCGUACUUGUACAUGAUGAGAGAUGAUGCUUUAGAUGUCAUUGAAAAAAAAAUACCGCAGACUGAUGUUAUUAUUCACACUCACGUCUCUCGCUUAGGUAUUGCUUUCAAAUACAAUGCGAGCAGCAACAACAUUACCUCUCGUGAAUAUUCAGAUAUGUACGUUGAUAAAGAUCAAUGGUUGGAAACAUUGACGGGUUUGAAAUCCGGUCUCCUCCUAUCGCCAACGACAGCAACGAAUAAAAAACGUGAACAUUAUCAAUCCCGGAAACUGAUCGUUCCUUUCGGACAGGUCUAUGCCGGAGAGCGAUCCUUCGCCGGCCAUCAGACCGUAACCAUUCAACGAAGCUCAUCAAUGCUAUUUCCCCAUCAGUAUUUUGUUUUCAUUUUGAAUGAUCGAUUACGCAUUGUUCAAGCGACCGAUAGUCCUACCGGAUGGCUUUAUCUGGCAUUGCUUCAUGCCAUUACAUCUCAUCCCCUACCAGAUCAAUAUACCGGAAUGACAGGAAUGGAACGUACCUUUCAAUUGCUCAAUUCGGCCGGUUGUUGGACUAAUCAACCGUUCGAUUCUCUUUCUCUAAAUAUUCUUCGUCAAAUAACUCUCAUUUCACCAAAAGUCAAUUAUUAUCCGGAACAUCUCACUUGCAUGCUAAAGAUUGAUUGGAAUUCUGAUUGCAUACCUUAUUCCCUGCAACAUUUCGGCUAUUAUCUGAUAGCGAAAAAACUUAUCGAUACAAGUCACCAAUUGAAUUUCAUGCAUCCAUCGUCUUUUCCCGGUAAGAUGUCGAAACUGAAGGGAGGGGAUGAAGAAAAUGAUGAAAGAUCAUUGGCAAAACUGCACUGGGACUAUCGCGAUUCGUACAAUCCGACCGCUCGAUUAUCCGCAGAGAUGGAAGCAGAAAUAACAACAAGUUCAGCAACACGAUAUCAGCCGGCUCCACAACAUGGUUCGACUGUCAUAAAUCCCGAACAGAUUCACCUUGUGGAUGAUAUGUAUAAGAAUGAAGAUGUGCGUCUGAAGGACAGUUGGGAGCUGUGUUGGUUCCCUUUGUCCCGAUGGCUCACUGAUGAAUAUCAACUGAAAGCUGUUUGGAUUGGUUUAUUGAAACUCGCUGACUCUGUUAAGAUAUCAGCAGCUGACAACGAAGAAUUCGAAAAAGAACUAUCGAAUACACCACAUUCAAAUUGGGCACCAUCUGAACAUCUUCCAUGGUUAAUUUUGGAACUAGAAAUGAACACAACCAUUCGUGAAAUACAAGUGAACGUCGCCCGUCACAUGAUGCAAUCAAAAUUGUCGACUGGCGAUACGACAGUAAAAAACAUCGUCAUGCAAAUGAAUAUGGGCGAAGGUAAAACUUCCGUCAUUAUACCGAUGCUAGCACUCAGCUUAUGUUCGCCUUUAUCGAGUUUGGUUCGUGUGGUGGUACUGAGAUCCUUAUUUUCCAUGAACUAUCAAUCGUUACGAUUCAAAUUAGGCGGUUUACUCAAUCGGCGUAUCUUUCCAUUUGCAUGUCGUCGCGAUAUGAAUUUCACCUAUGUACAAAUCAACCAAGUCUUCGACCGUCUCAAACAAGGAUUACGUAAUUGUGAUGUCGUAUUGAUUUCACCGGAAUACAUUCUCUCCUUCGAUUUACUCACUAUAGAUAAAUGUCGACGAAACGAAUUUGAAACUGGUCGUUCGAUGUUGACAGUGCAACGCUGGUUGAAAACAUUUGCUCGGGAUGUUUUGGAUGAAUCCGACGAAAUUUUACAUGUCAAAUAUCAGUUGAUUUAUACGGUUGGUGGUCAACAACAAGUCGACGGAGACACAAACUCAUCGGUUGAUCAUCUCGUUGAUCGAUUUCCACUCAAUGAUAUUCAACUGUUUCUCAUCGUUCGUGGUUUGCUGUCAGCCGAAGUCCAAUUCGUUGCUUUCAAGAAGCGCUAUCGAGUUAAUUAUGGCGUCAGUCUCAAUCCUAGAUUUAAUCGAUUAAUGGCCGUACCGUUCCGGGCCAAGGACGUUGCCGCAGACAAAACUGAAUUCGGUCAUCCGGAUUACGAUUUACCUGAACUACAAAAAACCUCUGCCAUUGUCGUGAACAAUUUGUUACAAUCGGAAAAUGAAAAUUAUCAAUCUUUACCCAUCAAUGCUACUUCGGACGCGAUCUUGAAUGAAAUUGUGAAUUACAAAUCGAUGAUCAACAUUAUUCUGGAUGUGGGUGCACUGUUCAUCGAUGGCACGAAUCGUGAAAUAGGGGUGAAAUGGCUGAAACUAUCCAAUAAAGCUCCGAUCGAUUAUGCUGUUUAUCUGGAAUCAGAUUCCAUCUUUGUUUGUGAUCGUCAGUUCCAUCAUCAUUCAUUUCUGACAUCGCCUGCUAGUGAACGACUGGAUCGUUGUGUGAUUUAUUUAGAUGAAGUGCAUACGAGAGGAACCGAUUUCAAAUUUCCGACUGGAUUCGAAGCUGCAGUCACCUUAGGGAAUAGUUUAACCAAAGAUUCUUUCGUUCAAGCAUGUAUGAGAAUGCACAAAUUGGGCAAAGGUCAUUCGUUGACAUUUUGGAGUUCAGAUGAAGUUCAUCGACAAAUCACCACGUUGAAGAGAGGUUCGCCUGGCCAAAGUCCAGAAGUACAGAUACACAACCAGAAUGAUCCCGUCAGGGUCAAAGAUAUUCUUCGUUGGGUGUAUGAGAAUUCGCAACAAGCCACUUGGGACGGAUUACAUCAUUGGGCUGCACAAAGUUUAAGUUUUCAACGGAAAGUCGACACCUUUUGGAGCAUUCACUGGACCGAUCAUCAGCAAGUGUUUACAGAUAAAAUGAUGGAAGAGUUGGCCAGAGAAUGUCUGGAACCGGAAAUCAUUGAGUUAAAACGUAUGUAUGGUGCACCAAGAGUGCUGCAAACCAUAUCGGAGAUUUACGUGAUUCGCUACCAACAUUGCAGUAUUCGUUCAUCAGCAGACACUCAUGACGCUGUGUUAAAACGAUUGAGCGCGUAUGGUGGAUCGAAGCAACGUCUGUCACAAUUGUUAGAUGAAGAGCAACAACGAGAAUUGGAACAAGAACUAGAAGAAGAACGACAAGUGGCUCGUCCUCCACCUGUCCGUCCGCGCCAACCGAUCUUACACAAGGCAAUCAAGAGAUUGUGCAACACCGAUGGUCCUAUGUUGAACUUAGGUCAAUUUACUUCGGUAUUUCGUCCCUUAGUUUAUGCUUUUACCGGCACCACAUUCUCUCAAGACUGUUCAGUCAACAGUUGGCAGCCACACUUUUCGGUUUCCACAGAAUUUCAGCGAGUGAUUCUAGCCAAAGGGGAAUCCCUAGAUCCAUUUCUCCGUCCUCCGCGAUGGAUAAUGGUCUAUCGCAGACAACAUAUUAUUUUGUCAGCGCUUUUGAAGCCAAUUGGCUGUUAG